AUGGACUCUCUCGACUUUAUCGAACAGCAGGUAUCUUUAAGUUCCCUUGCCAGGUGGAAGCCCCAGGUACCACUCGAUCUGUACGUGCACUUCACAAAGGGAGGGGGAGUAGGAGCACUGGCUCAAGGCCCCCCAGAAAAAGCUCAUCCAAUACAGUGGAUAGUCCUGGGAAAACAGACAUGUGCAUUUUCCCCAGGAGCUGAGUAUCUCAGCAGCCUCAUUAUGAAGGGCAGAAAACUUGCCCUGAAACAUCUUGGUGUUGAGCCAGCCAGAAUAUUCUUGCCUUUCCGCAAGCAACUCUCUACACAGUCAACAGUGAUGUCAGAAUACCUGGCAACAGCCCUAGUAGGGUUCAGCAGAGAGAUUCAGUAUUCUGCAAAGCGCCCUUGGACUCAGAUGCUGGCUGUUGUCGACAUAGACCUACCACAAAAGGUCAUAGACCAGCCCCAGCCAGGACCAACAGUCUUCACAGAUGCAUCCUCGACAACCUCCACUGUGGCUGCGGUGUGGCAAUCAGAGGACGAGUGGCACUGCGUCAAAGCAACUGAUUGUACACUCUCAGUCCAGCAACUGGAAGUAGCAGCUGUAGUACUGGCAUGCAGACUGUUCCCAACAGAGCAUCUUAACAUUGUAACUGAUUCAAUGUUUGUAGCCAAGCUUUGCCUGGCUAUGUCAGGACCCGGCAUAUCAAUGUCUACAGCAGCUCUAAUGCUAGAAGAAGCGCUCUCCUCUCGAAAAGGCACCAUAUCGGUCAUCCAUGUUAACAGCCACAAUCCGAUCAAAGGGUUCUUCCAAGUCAGCAACGAUAAAGCAGAUGCUGCUGCAAAAGGAUUGUGGACCCUACAAGAAGCUCAUCAGCUACACGAAACCCUGCACAUCGGAGACAAAGCACUAGCAAAGAGAUGUGAAAUCUCAGUUGCUGAUGCAAAACACGUAGUAGCUUCCUGCCCUCACUACCAAAAGGCACCACUGUGGUCCUGUGGAAUCAACCCCAGAGGCCUAAAAGCCUCAGAGAUAUGGCAAACAGACUUUACAUUGUGCCAGCUGUUAAAACCCCAAGCAUGGCUUGCAGUAACAGUGGAUAUGUACAGCGGAGUAAUUGUAGCCACGCAGCACCUGAAAACCAACUCCAAAGCAACUAUCCAGCAUUGGCUAACAGCCAUGGCUUGGCUCGGCAUUCCCAAGCAAAUCAAAAUGGACAAUGGUGCAAAUUUUAUCUCAAAGCCAAGCCAGGAAUUCGCCUCCAAAUGGGGUAUCACUCUAGUGCAAGGCAUCCCGUACAAUAGCACAGCACAAGCCAUCGUUGAGCGAGCAAACCAAACUUUGAAAGCCAAGCUAGAAGUGUUAGCAAAGUCAGAAAGCUUUAAACAAUUCCAUUCCCCAAACAGACCAGGCGCGCUUGCUAGCAACUGCACUGUUAGCACUGAACCAAUUCCCUAG